CGAAGCUCAGAUUCCUCCCACUCGAUUCACCUCGCCGGCGAAGGCGAGGGCGACCGCGAGGAUGUCCUUCUUCUUCCGGGCGGCGUCGCGGGCGCGCCCGUCGCCGGAGGAGGUCGUCCGCUCCAUCAAGGAGUCUCUCCUCGCCCUCGACACCAGGACCGGCGCCAAGGCUCUUGAAGAUGUUGAGAAAAAUAUAUCUACCCUGAGACAGACGCUUUCCGGUGAUGGAGAAGUCGAACCAAACCAGGAACAGGUUCUACAGAUAGCCCUUGAAAUUUGCAAGGAGGAUGUCCUUUCGCUCUUUGUUCAGAAUAUGCCUUCCUUGGGUUGGGAGGGUAGGAAGGAUCUUGCCCACUGCUGGAGCAUUUUGUUGAGGCAGAAGGUUGAUGAAGCAUAUUGCUGUGUGCAGUAUAUUGAAAAUCAUGUUGAUCUUCUAGAUUACCUUGUAGUUUGCUACAAGAAUUUGGAAGUUGCAUUGAACUGUGGGAAUAUGUUGCGAGAAUGCAUAAAAUAUCCUACACUUGCAAAAUAUUUAUUGGAGUCAAGUAGCUUCGAGUUGUUUUUCCAGUAUGUUGAAUUAUCAAACUUUGAUAUUGCUUCUGAUGCUCUGAACACCUUCAAGGAUUUGCUCACCAAACAUGAAGGUGCAGUUUCAGAGUUUCUGUUCUCCCAUUAUGAGCAGUUCUUUGUGCUCUACACAAGACUUUUAACUUCAACUAAUUAUGUUACAAGAAGACAAUCAGUGAAGUUUCUUUCAGAGUUUUUGUUAGAGGCCCCAAAUGCUCAAAUUAUGAAGCGGUACAUUUUGGAAGUCAGUUAUUUAAAUAUCAUGAUUGGCCUGCUGAAGGAUACAAGCAAAAAUAUCCGGAUAUGCGCCUUCCACAUUUUCAAGGUAUUUGUUGCUAAUCCAAACAAGCCUCGUGAUAUUAUUCAAGUCUUGGUAGACAAUCACAGAGAAUUGUUGAAGCACCUUGACAAUCUUCCCACAGGCAAAGGUGAAGAUGAGCAACUUGAAGAGGAGAGAGAUUUAAUUGUCAAGGAAAUUGAGAAGCUUGUGCACUCAUCAGUAUAGACCCUCAAUAAAUUCAAGUUUCACUGGUCAAGAAAUGUGAUCCCUUUCUUCUCUUGUUCUUAAGGUCUCCUGUAUAAUGUGAUCCCUGUAUAGAGGGUGCUUAUCUUAGGGAAAUACUUUGGCCAAGAAGUAGUUGGUCAUAAGAAUAUACUUACUAUUGAUGUGUGCAUUUAUCCACAGAUAAAUUGGUAAAUGAAAUUGUGUCUUGACAUCAAAUAUUCUUGUUUUAACAGAACUUGAUGUCAUUGUGGACAUGGCUGAACAUGCUACUUGAUCUCCAUUAUGAAUGGCAGCUGAUGCAAGGCAUUAUCUUUUGUUCAGAACUGAAAUGAAAUAUUUCAAGAUCUUUGACAGCAGCUACUGAAUCAUGAAUCGCAGCUGACGAAAUAUUUCAAGAUCUGUGACAGCAGCUAUCAAUUGAAACAUGUUACGUAUGAAUAUGAUAUGCUUCUAUAUAUUUUUCCGUUGACAUUUGACAAUAUAUAUGUGGGGGGUAUAUAUAUG